GCUGCGGAGACCACGCAGCUCCGUGUGUGUUUUGAUCAGUUGGGUUUUUGAUCCGUCUGUUGAAUGACCUGUGUUUGUUUCAACAAUCACAUCAGGAGGAAUCCAGCGAUCCGCUACUCUGUCCAGGAGAGUUGAGCCUGUGGAUGUCCGGCUGGCUGAGGGCCGCAGCGGCCCCGCUCAGAGGGGGGUCCCGCACUGUCAGCUGCUGCCCCUCCUCUCGUGUCCCCGGUGCUGAUGGGAGACGUCACGGGUCGCCCCGCUCUGAGGACGCCGACCCUCCCAUGGUCCUCAUCACAGGGGGACUAGGUCAACUCGGGGUGGGACUUGCCAAGUUGCUGAGGAGGCGGUUUGGCAAGAACAAUGUGAUUCUCUCAGACAUCAAGAAGCCUCCCGACAAUGUGUAUCACAGUGACGUCCUGGACCAUAAGAACCUGCGUGAGAUUGUCGUGAACAACAACGUCAGCUGGCUGGUGCACUACUCCGCUGUCCUGUCGGCUGUGGGGGAGAGCAACGUCACACUGGCCCGGGACGUCAAUAUCACUGGGUUCCACAACGUCCUGGACAUGGCCCUGGAGCACGACCUGCGUGUGUUUGUCCCCAGCACCAUCAGGGCCUUCGGGCCCUCCUCCCCCCGGGACCCCGCUCCUGAACUCUGCGUGCAGAGACCCCGCACCAUUUAUGGUGUGGCCAAGGUGCACGCAGAGCUCAUGGGGGAGUAUUAUCAUCACCAGUACGGACUGGACUUCCGCUGUCUCCGGUACCCGGGUAUCAUCUCUGCUGACUCCCAGCCCGGGGGCGGCACCACUGAUUACGCCGUCCAGAUUUUCCACUCCGCCGUCAAGAGUGGCCAUUUUGAGUGCAACCUGCGCAGCGACACGCGGCUGUCCAUGAUGUAUAUAGACGACUGUCUGAGGGCCACGCUGCAGGUCCUGGAGGCCCCGGCCAGCUCGCUGCCCACCCGCACCUACAACAUCAACGCCCUGAGCUUCACCCCCAGAGACCUCACCCAGGAGAUUCGCAAGGUGCUGCCUGACCUGAGGGUCUCCUACAGGGUGGACCCCCUCCGACAGGCCAUCGUGAGACCCAAUAGACCCCUAGACCAGGCAUGGCGCCAGGAUUCCAGUAGUGGAUUGGCCAGACCAAUUGUGGGUGGUUCUUAAGUCAAAAACGUUAUCAAAUCCUUGUUUAACCUAAUACAAAUGACUGACUAAUAUACUGUCAUAUUAUCUGUGCAUUAUAGCUUGAUGCUCUUUAAAUAUUUUGUUGCAUUGUAAAAAGUUUCAGUGCAUAAGACGGACCUAUCCGCGAUCGCUCCUUAGGCCUUUUUACACUGCCAAGCCGGUUCGGUCGCGGCUUGGAACGAACAAAUGUUCCUCUGCGUCUUUCUCGUAGAUCGCACCAUCCUUCAACGUCAUUGUUAAAUGUGACUGCAUCACCUUCUCUCCCAUGAUGGUCAGCAGCUCGCGGAUUUCACCUUCUCUCCAGUUAAAACUGCUCAUGUUGAUAUCGCUGCGUUAUUGUCUCUAGAGACAACGCAGCGAUACCCAAGCCCCCGCAACCCCUCUUGUACCCCUCUCCAUUAAGCACCAUACCUGGCUGUGCUUUACUACACUCUAUAGAUUCAAGGCCUGUAGACUGUAAAAGUGGUCAGGAAUCUAAUAUUUCCCACAAGGUUUAGUAAGGCUCGUAUCACAUGAGGCCGACUAUUUCAGAAUUCUGUUUAAUUGUUUUAAGUUUUCAACAAUAUUUCGAUAUCAUUAGCAACAGACUGAGCUUGGCUUAUUACACAAAGAAGAUGCAUUCAAUUGUAGCCUAGGCUACUACGAGAUACUAACUAAUACUAUAGCCUACCGCGAUUUCACGGUCGUCCACAAAGAUAACAGCCCUUUAACGCAAAUCUGAUCAAGUAUCAAUAUCAACAAAGAUUGCUGCAUUGCAAAGAUAAAGCAUUUCACAAUAUAUAUAUUUUUUUUCAAGAAAAGUUUUGGGUGGGCCUGUUAAACAGUGGAUGGUCCUAGGUCCGUCAGGCCCACCCAUAACGCUGUGCCUGCCCUAGACUGUCCUCAAGACUGGGGUUGAGUCUGUAUUGGGCUGUAGGGGGAUGGAUGGAUGAUUGCUGAGUGGAUGGAUGGAAGGUUUAGAGGACGAUUUAGUUGAUAUGUAUGUUGAUGAGUGGAAUGGAUGGUAAUUGAUUGUAUCGGAAGAUGAUGGAUGGAUGAUGAGUAGAUGGAUGGAUGAUGGAUGGAUGGAUGGAGAAGGAUAGCUAGGUGAUUGAAUGUAUAUUGGAUGCGUGGAUAGAUGGAUGGAGUAGGGAGGGGGGGUAAAUAAAAUGUUAUUUUUUCAAUUCAUCAAUAUCCUUUUUCUAUAAUGCAAGUCAUUUGAUAUGUCUAUUAAAUUUCAUUGAAUAGAUUAAAAUGAAAUUUAAUUUAAUAGAUUUCAGAUCCCUGAUAAGUCCAAACUGACUCUUUAUGAUAUCCUUCGUCCGUUAGCCGAGAGCUGGCCAAUGGCGUUGGAGGACAGCACGGAAAGGCGGGACUGGGGCUGGAAGCAUGACUACGGCUUGCUUGAGUUGGUACAGGCC